GUAAUUCCCUACCGUUGGAUCAACUCCAAUUACAUACAGCGGCAAUGAGAGGAUGGUCACUCUCCUCGCUCAGCUUUUUCUGCCCUCGCACUUCGUGCUCGCCCAUCAAUAGUCCCAUCCUCCUCAGGACGCGUAUAUUCUUGCCUCACAUCAAGCCUCGCAGUGCCACCCGUGCCACCGCGUUCAGCACAAUGACUGCGGAUGAUGAAUACAAGUCCCAGUUCUUGUACGAACCCAUUGAGGGGGUGGAGAGACUUGAAAACUAUCAGCCAGGGGGAUACCAUCCCAUACAACUUGGAGAUCACCUACAAAGUCGAUAUCGAGUAAUCCAUAAGCUAGGCCACGGCACUUACUCAACCACGUGGCUGGCCCGUGAUGAACAGCACAACAGAUAUGUUGCGGUGAAAAUCUGUACUGCUGAUUCGAAUCCGAAAGAAGUUGAAAUUGUAAACACCCUCACUCGUCCGCAUUGUCCUGCAGACAAUGAUUUUUCAGGCAAGACAAUGCUCCCUUCGAUUCUAGACACUUUCUCCAUCCAUGGUCCAAAUGGAGAACAUGCUUGCUAUGUUACAUCUCCUGCCAGGGCUAGCCUCUCUGAUCUGAAAGAUGGGUCAUGGGUCCGCUUAUUCCAGAUCAAUGUCGCCCGGGCUUUGGCUGCGCAACUAGUCCUGGCGGUAGACUACGUGCAUGCCCGAGGGUUCAUCCACGGUGACCUUCACAUGGGCAAUGUCCUGCUCAAAACCCCACCCAGCUUUGAUCAGCUCUCACCCGAACAACUAUAUGAAAAGUAUGGAGCGCCCGAGCUCGAUCCGGUGAUUCAUCUAGAUGGUAAACCGCUUCCUCCUGGUGUUCCAUCCCACGGCAUUGCACCCAUCUGGCUUGGAGAACCAAGCGAGAAAAUCACACUUCCAGAGGCAAGAAUCCUACUUACAGACUUUGGCGAGGCCUUUUCCUCCAAAGAAGCAAAGUCUGAAUCUCACACUCCGCUUGUCAGUCGUCCUCCUGAAACUCGCUUUGAACCAAAUAAACCACUGUCAUUUUCAUCAGACAUAUGGUCUCUUGCCUGCACCAUAUGGAAUAUUAUUGCUCAGAGGCCACUUUUUGAAGGAUUUCUCGCAACGGAAGACUACAUGACCCGUGAGCAUGUAGACACUCUAGGUAUCUUGCCUCCUGAAUGGUGGAACAGAUGGAACGCGCGACCAGAGAAUUUUACCGAGGAUGGGAGGCCAACUAAGCGGAAUCCAUAUCGCUCCUGGGGCGAUCGGUUUGAGGAUAGUGUACAGCUGCCUAGACAGGAAGUAGGAAUGCCUUUGUUUGAUGCAGAAGAGAGAGGUGCUAUCUUUGCGAUGUUGCGGCCGAUGUUUGCUUUUAGACCGGAACAUCGAAGCACGACGAAGCAAAUUCUUGAAUCGGAGUGGAUGGUGAAGUGGGCUUUGCCGGAAUAUGAGAAGAUUCGAAAAGGUGAUUAGGGUAUGACCUGGGUUGUAGUGUUAAAGUGGCUCUGGGGUUUGAAUAGACUCCGUGUUGUGUUUAAUAUAUAUUAUAUGACCAG